CUUUCCCUUGACUUUGCGUUUACAUGUUCGACUCCGUCUUGAUUCAUCAAAGAAGCCUCCCCCAGAACGAAAUGGAGAACAACGUUGCUGAAUCGACUCAGCCAGAUCUGAGGCUGAAGUGGGACGUGUUCCUGAGCUUCCGAGGCGCGGACACGCGCAACGCCUUCAUCGGCCCUCUCUACGACGCGCUCCGGAGCAAAGACGUCCGGGCCUUCCGCGACAACGAGGGCAUGAACCGGGGCGACCAGAUCUCGCCGAGCCUGCUGGCGGCGAUCGAGGACUCCGCCGUGGCGAUCGUGGUGAUAUCGCCGGACUAUGCCGGGUCGCACUGGUGCUUGGAAGAGCUGGCGAAGAUAUGCGAGUGCAGGAAGCUGAUACUCCCAGUGUUCUACGGGGUCAGGGCCUCGGACGUGCGGCAUCAGAGGGGGCCGUUCGAGGGCGCGUUCGAGCGUCACGUGAAGAGGUUCGGAGACGCGAGGGUUUCGGCUUGGAGAGCUGCCAUGACAGAAGCCGGUGGAGUCUCCGGUUGGAACUUCAGGGGCCAAGACGAUCCGAGAGAAAUGUCGCUGUUGAUUCAAGGUCUCGUCCACAGAAUUAUGGAUGUACUGAACAACGUUCCACUCCAUGUGGCUCCACUCCUCGUCGGACUGGACUCUCGCAUCGAGCAACUCCUCGCUUCGUUGAGCGUCAAAUCCGGCGGAGUCAGGUUUCUUGGGUUGCAUGGGUUCGGCGGUGUCGGCAAGACCACCCUCGCGAAAGCGCUCUACAACAAGCUCGUCGUGCACUUCGAGAAACGCAGCUUCGUCGCGGACAUCAGAGAAGCCUUCUUGCGAAGCGGUGGCUUGAUCUCUCUUCAGGACAAGAUCCUAAGCGAUCUCUCGCCCGACAUGCCUCCUUCGAAUGACUUGGGUUCUCGCAAGAACUCGGUCAAGCAUGCCCUUAAUGAAACCCGAGUCCUCCUCGUCUUGGAUGACGUCGAUGACGCCGGUCAGCUCGAUGCGUUGAUCAGCGGAAAAGAAUGGUUCCACGAGGGGAGUCGAGUCAUCAUCACGACCAGAAAUAGAGAAGCUUUGGCCGCAAGGAACCAUGCGAUCGAGCCUUACGAGGUGCGAGAGUUGUCCUUCGAAGACGCGUUGCGUCUGUUCAGCUAUCAUGCGUUGAAGAGAGAGAAGCCGACAGACGAAUUCGUGGAACUGUCCAAGCAAAUCGUGUCUCUGGCCGGGAAUUUGCCGUUGGCUUUGGAGGUGUUCGGCUCUUUUCUGGUAGACAAGAGGAGGAAAACCGAGUGGGAAGGCGCGGUGCAGAAGCUGAAACAGAUUCGCCCUUAUAAUCUCCAGGACACGUUGAAGAUCAGCUACGAAGGACUCGACGAGGAGACCAAGUGCAUGUUCCUUGACGCAGCUUGCUUAUUCGCUAAGUCGCAUAUGACGAGAGAGGACGCCCUAGACAUAUGGGAAGGUUGCGGCUUCAAGGCUGAGAUUGGUCUCAGGGUUCUCGUCUCGAGAUCGCUUAUCAAGAUCUGGAAGGAUGACGAUACGCUGUGGAUGCACGACCAGCUUAGGGACAUGGGGAGAGAGCUAGUGUUGCUCGAGAGCGCUCGUGAUCCUGGCACACGCAGUCGACUGUGGGAUCGCAUGGAAAUCAUGGCCGUCUUCAAGGAUGGAUCGGGAACAAGGAAUAUAGAGGGGAUCGUCCUGGACUACCAACAUAAGCCGUUUGCGACGGACCCUAGCAGCGAGAGACUGUCGCGAGACAAUUUCAUGAGAACGCCCAAUCUCGCUUCUGCCAUUCAAUGUUUACAAGAGAAGUUUAGGAUAUUUUUCAAUUUCGGAGCAGAGCGAGAGAACGAGGAGGUGCUUCGUGCUGAGUACUUUAAGCUGAUAAUUAACCUGAGACUCCUCCAAAUCAAUCAUGCCAAAUUGGAAGGGAAAUUCAAGUUCCUGCCUCAGUCACUGAAAUGGCUGCAAUGGAAAGAAUGUCCCUUGACUAUUCUUCCUCCUGAUUUUUGUCCGCGUGGAUUGGCAGUCCUCGAUCUCGCAAACAGCAAGAUUGAACGCUUGUGGAAAGCCAACAGAAAUAAGGCUGGGGAGAACUUAUUGGUUGUAAAUCUUCGUGGCUGCCAUCAUCUUGCUAGUAUUCCAGAUUUAUCAGCAAGUCGAAGCUUGAAAAAACUUGUUCUCGAGCGGUGCACGAGUUUGACCCAUGUUCCUGAGUCGAUCGGUAGUCUGAAUGCUUUGGUGCACCUAAACCUUGAAGGGUGUUCAAAGCUCGUUGGACUCCCGAAGGACGUAUCCGGGCUCAGGAAUCUGGAAGAACUCAUUCUCUCCGGUUGUGCAAAUUUGGAAGAACUACCAGAGGAUAUCGAUAGCAUGAAAUCUUUGAAGUUACUUCUCCUUGAUGGAACUCCUAUAAAAAGGUUGCCCGAAAAGAUAUUCCACCUCACGGAACUUGAAAAGCUUCAUCUAAGUCGGUGCACUUCUUUGAAAAAGCUACCCGAUCACAUUGGAAUGAUGGCUUCUCUCAGAGAACUCACUCUUGAUGAUACUGGAAUAGAGGAGCUACCUGAUUCGGUGCGGUCAUUGCAGAAACUUGAGUUGUUGAGCCUUAUGAGGUGCGUCUCGCUGACUGAACUUCCUGGAUUUGUUGGCGACUUAGAAUCGUUGAAAGAAUUGCUCAUUGAUGGCAGUAAAAUCAGAGAACUGCCUGCUUCCAUCGGUUCUUUGCUGUACCUAAAGACCCUUUCGAUUGGAGAUUGUCGGUUUUCAAGCUAUUGUCCUGACUCAAUUAACGGAUUGCAUUCGCUCAUAGAGCUUAGUCUAGGUGGACCGUCAAUCACGAGUCUACCAGCUCAACUCGGAGCUCUGAAUAUGCUUCAAAGGUUGGAAAUCCGGAACUGUGAAUCACUUGAAAGCUUACCAGAAUCGAUUGGAAACUUGUGGAAUCUCACUACCAUGAUCCUUUACAAUGUGAACAUCACAGAGCUUCCACAGUCGAUAGGAAAAUUGGAAAACGUCGUCGUCAUGAGGCUUAACAAAUGUAAACGUCUCUGCAAGCUUCCGCCAUCCAUGGGCCAUUUGAGAUCAUUGUACCGCCUGAUUAUGGAGGAGACUGCAGUAACAGAAUUACCAGGAACCUUCGGGAUGCUGUCAAAGUUAGUGACGUUGAGAAUGGGCAAGAAACCGCGUUACACGGUUAUUCCUGAGGGCAACACGGAGACAGAGAACCCAGUUUUGAUUACAGAGGAAAUUCCUGGGUCGAUGCUUCCAUCCUCAUUAGCAAAUCUCUCUCAGCUAGAAGAACUGAAUGCCCGUGCUUGGUACAUGUGUGGAAAAGUUCCUGAUGAUUUUGAGAAGUUGGUAUCGCUAGAAACUCUAAAUCUAGGAUACAAUAACUUCACGAGCCUUCCCGCGAGCCUGAAGGGACUUUCCGUCCUUAAGAAUCUCCUGCUACCACACUGCAAGGAGCUCAAGUCUCUUCCGCCUCUUCCAUCGAGCUUGGAAUCUGUUAAUAUCGCAGGCUGCGUGGUGAUAGAGACGGUCCCUGAUCUGUCUGAAUUGGAGAACUUGCAGGAGCUGAACAUGGCGAAUUGUGAGAAAGUGGUGGAUGUUCCAGGACUUCAGUGCUUGAAAUCCUUGAGAAGGCUAUACCUGACAGGAUGCCGCGCUUGUUCCUCGGUAGUUAAGACGAGAAUUUCUAAGGUUUCUUUGAGGAAUUUACGUGUUCUCAGUAUGCCAGGGAGUGAAAUUCCAGAUUGGCUAAACGAAGAGGAAGUGAGCUACACGGUGCGCAAAAACUGCAUGCUCAAGGCUGUUCUCAUAGGCGUUGUCGUUUCCAUCACCAGCGACUUCCCAGAAUCUUUGAGAGACCAUAUUCCCACACUUGUGGAUAUCGAAGCAAAGAUACUCAAGAUGAACAGCCCUAUCUUCAGCACCACAUUGCCAUUGAUGGGAGUACCGAAAUUAGAUGAAGAUCAGGUUCAUUUGUGCCGGUUCUUGGACUUUGAGCCGUUGGUUUCCAAGUUGAAAGAAGGGUACAAAGUUCAGGUGGCAAAGCGGAACCCACCAUUCAUUCCCGGAAUGCAGCUGAAGAAAUGCGGGGUACGUCUGAUCUUCGAGAGAGACGAUGAAAUUGAUGGAGAUGAGCAGCAACUAGAUGAUGGUUACCAGUCUUUAUCCGAAAAGCUUGCCCGGUUUUUCAACCAUUUGCAGUAGCCAGUUCACUAUUGUUUGAAGCAAGGCUCUGGAAAAUGGAAGCAGAAAAUGGUGCCAAAGAUUGAAGAGAAGGGAACGAGCUUGCUCCUAUCAAUUGAAAUUUCAUUCCUGGAAAUGUAAUCUGAAAAUACCAGAAGAGCAUCCUUAUCUCCUGUUCUUUUAUUCUGAAGACUUUUCUUUUUACCCAGAGAGCUCCGUCUGUAUAACCUAGACAUUCAUGUACAUGCGUAUCCACUUCUCUUCUAUUGCAAA